ACUGCACAGCGCUCCGAAAACGUCCUCCUCGCUCCCAAUCGACAUCGAGGGAGCCCCUUAUCAGGACGAACCUCGAGCUCAUCUUCAAGAUGAAAAUGGUGACAAGUAUCCCUGGAUAACAGAUAGACAAAUACAACAAUUUGCAAAGGAAGUACAAGAGAAGGAAUUUCAGAUAGAGAAAAUAUGUUAUGUAUUCCCGGUCAUGGCCCGGUGGUAUGCAUCCCAGCCUUUACUACAAAUAGCGACCGAUGUAGUAAAUUUUCUGAAUUCUAAUAUAAUACAGGAUAGCUUCACUGGACCUGUUCCAGAAGAUGUUUUUACGAAAAAAUCAAGAAAACAUGGCUAUGACUGUAACAAAAUUGCGAAAGAAUUAUUUGAUGUUUUUCAACUUAUUGGUCUAGAAUCAGCUACAUUAAGCUAUUGUGAAGAAAAAAAUCACUUGUCAGUGUCCAUUCUAUAUAGAGGUGCUGAAUUAGGCAUUGUGCACAUAGAUGCUGGAUGUCACAUGCAACCUUUCAUAAUACAUAAUAAUGAGAUAGAAAGACAAAUUAAUAACGGCCUUGGCCGUACAUUCCAUAUAAAACUUAACAAAGAUAAAGAAAUGAUUUCAACCACUCCACUCCCUUAUAUUGAAUAUUGCGAUAAUACCGAAGUAACUAAUCCUGAAAAAGCUAAAAGCACAAAGAGUGUUUUGCUGCCAGCAACCAAGGGCAAUGAAAUUUAUAAAUCCUUACAGAAUAAACAAAUUGAUUGGAACAUUGGCACUGGGGAAGCCAACUCUUUGUACUUUAAAUCAGAAACAGGAGAAGUUUAUCAAAGUAUACGACUAGAGAUUGCUCAAGCUAAUUACCAUUAUCUUAAUAAACAAAAUCAAGGUAAAAAAAAGCCUAAGAGCAAACCGCAGAAUCUAUAUUUCAAUAUAAAAGUAACAGCUACGUUUUAUCGGCCAAAUGGAGAACAUCAAAAAUUCAUUCUUUCUGGCGAUGGAUAUAAUGGAGUCACUUAUGAGGAGAUGAAAAACAAAAUUAGUGCACUGAAGCUUGGUGUGAUGGUAACUGAGGACGAAAAAGAAUUCAUAAAAAAGUAUAGGGAGAAUGAAAAGCUUAUUGACUUUUUGUCUGUUGAGGACUUUUUUAAUUGUCUGCUGUACUAUUGUCAAAAAUAUUAUGAAAAGUGGAAUACAAUGAACAGGCCCAUAGAGGGGAAUCUAAAGGGUGUGGAACAUAUUAAAGACUCUGAGUUGCCGAGUGCCAGAGUUGCUGCGGAAAGCCAGACUUCAGGCAGAUUUGUCGGCUAGCGGCAAUCUGGGCAUUCAGCUUAACCAAGGAGGUUAUACCUCCUUGGCUUAACCAAAUCACCUUAGAAUGCCUGGUGA